UCAGUUAGGAUGUGCAGUUCCAGCGGUGCGAACGUGUUCCGGGCGCGCCAAUUGGCCAAGUAGCCGAAAGCAGCCAAAAGAGCCAACCAAUUUCAGCCGGAACGGCAACAGUUUCUCCUCGAAGACAGCGCCAAAAUAUGCCAACGCCUGAUUGAGGGCCGAAACCGCGGUCGCGCGUUUUUGUGUAAAUAAACAGAAAACAUCAGAUCAGAAUCCAAAUUGAAAUCAAAUUGAAAGUCGAGCGGAACAAAAACAUCAGCGCAUCACUUCUCACUGAGAAAGAGAUACAGAUCCGCACAAUUUAUUUUUCGGUUUCAGCGCAAAAGCACAAGUUAUUCACAUUUAUUCACAUUUCACUAAAUGCCAGCGUGCGGAAUGUCUGACCAAUGAGUCGGCCAGCAGCGAACGCGUAACGCAUACGCCAUGUGAGCCGGAUCGAUGGGAUCGUGUUCCGGCCAAGCCACAAUGCCAUCCUCCUGUAAAUAGCCAGCAGCCUUUUCUACUCGCGUCUCUGUCAAAUGUGUGUCCGUGUAUCCGCCACUGUAUAUACUGUAGACUCUAAUUGUUUAAACCACGAUAAAAAACGAAAGUAAUAAAAGAAUAAAUAAAUAUACGAGUAUAGAGCAAAAAACGCGCGCGUUUUGGCCACAGAACGCGCAGCACACACAAGUUUCGGUGCAAAAACGGGUAUAAAUAAGCGAAAUAAUAUUCGAAUGCUGUAGGAAUAGUUAAGUUAUUAGGAUUAAUCGAUUGGAAUUUCGCGCGCAAUAAGAACUAAUUAUAAACACGGGCAGCAUGGGACCAAUCAGACUCUAGAGCUAGCCACGCAUCCACAAAGUUAGUUGGACGAACGUCGAUCACGGUCACGAUCACGAUCACUAUCACUAGCACGAUCACGAUGGAUUAUAGCCGCCUGAAUGCCAACAUCAAUACGGGCAACAUCAGCACCGAUGACUUUCUGGCCGUGUUCUCGACCGGCAAGCCGGACAAUGCCACCCUCAAUCCGCCCCUGCUCAGUGUCGAUGGGCAGCUGACCCUGCCGCCGGGAUCGGGCUAUGUCAAUGUCAACGAUACGAUAUUCUUCCUGAAUGGCAGCUUCUACAACAGCAGCCUGCAGCUGGCGGCUGGAUUCUACAAUCAGAGCAGUGCUUCCGGGGCGACAUCGGGCAACCUGACCAAUCCCAAUCACACAGAAGUCCACUGGGAUGGCCGGUAUCCCAGCGGCUAUACGCUUACGCACAUCGUGAUCGCCUCCAUCAUUGUGACCAUCCUGAUGAUCAUCAUCGUGGUGGGCAACAUGCUGGUGAUCAUAGCCAUUGCCACGGAGAAGUCACUGAAGAACAUACAGAACUGGUUCAUCGCCUCGCUGGCGGUGGCCGACUUCUUCCUUGGCCUCAUCAUCAUGCCAUUCUCGCUGGCCAAUGAGCUGAUGGGCUACUGGAUCUUCGGCAGCUGGUGGUGCGACAUCCACUCCGCGAUGGACGUCCUCCUCUGCACCGCCUCGAUCAUGAACCUGUGCCUCAUCUCGCUGGACCGCUACUGGAGCAUCACCAAGGCCGUCGACUAUCUGAAGUCUAGAACGCCGGCGCGAGCCGCCGUCAUGAUCACGGCGGUCUGGAUUAUGUCCGCCCUCAUCUGCAUCCCGCCGCUCCUCGGCUGGAAGGUGAAGAUGCCCGAGGGACCGCUGCCCAAGUGCGAGCUGAGCGAGGACAUUGGCUACGUGCUGUACUCGGCACUGGGCUCCUUCUACAUACCCAGCUGCAUCAUGGUCUUUGUGUACAUACGAAUUUACUUUGCCGCCAAGGCGCGGGCGAGGAGAGGCAUUAAAAAGCAUCCCCGCAAAACGAACAACGAACAGGUAACGAGCUUCACCACCGCCAAGAAAGGAACAAUACCGAUGCCCUCCUCGAGCGGCGUGUCCGCUUUGCAGCUGCACCAGCAGCGCCAAAUAGCCACCAUCGAGACUCCACCGAACAGCGCCAGCCUGCCGAUGCAGAUACCCACGGUGACCAUGGACCUGGCCUCCGACAUAUCCACCUCGGAGGCGGGGGAACUGGAGGCGGUGGCCGCCCAAACGGUGCUUGCCUAUGCAAAUCCCAAUGGGGCUGGCACCAAUUCGGUCACCGUGGUGAGCAGCGGGAACGGGGCCACCGGGGCCCCGUCCGGUGCUCCGCCCACCUCGCCAAAGGAGACGCUCCAGGUCAGCACGAUAGCCACCGGUCGGGUGGGUCUCAAUGUGCCCGUGCCGCCGUCCAUGGGCAGCAACAACUCCGUCAAUGCGCUGAACAACAACAACGGCACCGUGGCCAUGGAUGGAGGCGCCCCCUCCGCCGGCGGGGGAAAUGGGAGUGCGGGAGCGACGCCUGGUGGACUGCAGCAGGCGGGCGGUAAUGAGCUGCGCGUCUCUCCGGUCGCCGGACGGUGUCGAGCCCUAUCCGUGGGCGUGGACACGGACAUGGUGAGUGAAUUCGAUCCAUCCAGCAGCGAUUCGGGCGUGGUCAGUCGCUGUGCCGUGGUCAAGCCGCUCAAGUUUCGCCUUUGCCAGCCGAUCUUCGGGCGCAAGUCGAGUAACCAGCAGCGGCGCAACGAGGCCAAGUCGGCGGCCAAGAACCAACAGCCCAGUGCAGCGGCCAGCAAAAAUCAGCAGCAGCAACAGCAGCAGCAGGUGGUGAAGGCGGAACUGGAGCCGGCCAUACCGAAGACACCGAAGCCCAGGGAUCCGGAGAAGGAGAAGCGUCGAAUCGCGCGGAAGAAGGAGAAGCGGGCCACCCUAAUCCUGGGCCUGAUCAUGGGCAGCUUCAUCGCCUGCUGGCUGCCAUUCUUCUUCCUGUACAUCCUGGUGCCGGCAUGUAGCAGCCAUUGCAACAUACCGGAAUCGGCGUUCGCCGUCGCCUUCUGGCUGGGCUACAUGAACUCGGCGCUCAAUCCGGCCAUCUACACCAUCUUCAACAAGGACUUCCGACGCGCCUUCCGGCGCAUCCUGUUCAAGUGAUGUUUGGCCUAUGUGUGCUGUUACAGGUGCGUUUACGCCAGCAUCGAGAAGGCAACCGAACGUGCCAUGGGCAGCACACCAAUGGGCUAUGGUCAUGGCAUGUAUCAGCACUACAGGCGUUAGAUUUGCUUCGUUUUGGCAGUGCCAUAGGUCCCUAGGAACAGAUCCCAUUCUCAAUCCCACUUCCACUCCCAUUCCCCCUCCCAGAACUGCAAGGCUGUCGACUUUCGAUGGUACCGGUAUAUGCACAUAUCCCCUAUUUGCCAUUGUUUAUUUAUACACUUAACGCCUCAAGUCAUUACUGUUUAAAUAGUUGCCAACUGGUCCUUAAACUGUUAGUGCUAUGUAUUAUUUCAAGAGCACGUAAAACUAUCAUUUGAAAAGAGAAAUAUAUUAAAAUAUGCUAGUUGUUACAGCUUUCGACAAUAUCGACUAACCGAAUAAGCCAAAGCUUUGCAGUUCUAUCAGCUCCCAUAUGCUAAGUCCUUGCCAAUCUUUCUUUGAAUUUUGUGUUUGAAUAAAAAAGUAACGAACAUUGUAGCUCAUUUCAAAAGCAA